UAAUAUCCUACUCACAUUCUCAGCGUUCAAGUGGACUCCCGCAAACGCUUGCGGACCGUUCCCCAAGAAUAUGGUUGAGGGUGGUCAGGACAGCGACUGCUCCACAAUCUUCGUGGGCCGUGCCAGCUGCAACGGUGACCUGCUGCCGGCCAAGGUGAUUCCCGAGAAGAACGCGGCCUACGUUGCGCACGGUGGUGACGAAGUUCUGGUGCGGUGUUUCGAGGUUCUGUGCCGGAAGGAGCUGAUCUGGGAACGAUCUUGCGGGGGCAGCAUCCCCCAGGGUGCGGUGGCCGGCGGGAAGACGUCCGACGGUGAGCCGUUGUAUGUUGGGCGGGGAUGUCACGACGUCGCGCUAACCGUCGGGAAGGUCCAUCGAUCGCAUGGCUGCCUGUACAUACCGUACGGCGGAGCGGAAGUAUCGCUGAAGAGCUACGAAGUACUGUGUGAGCGAUAAGGAAAGGCACGAAUAAAAUACCCCUGGUUUGAAGUGGGCCGUGAUAUCUUUGAAUUGAUCUCUUUUAACCACAUGUUAAAAUUAUAUUCACUUUUUAUUUAUGUAUAUAUAUUAUAUACGCCUUUUUUGGAAAUAAUAGCGCUUCUGGUUCUCUUUUCUGUGUUUAUUAUGUAUGUUUUCCUAGUCAGCCAAUAAGGGACAUUUUUGUUGUCUCUGAUCAGUUUCCUAUUAGCGCCCAGAAUUAGAGAGAAAUUUCUGCUUUUGAAUUAGAAAUGUGUUCAGUUGCGAAGCGAGUCACUCUUUGAAGACAUCAGCUUUGACUGUUCGAACACAUUUCCAAGCAUGACUAAUCUGACUAAGAAAACGCUGGUAGGAAACUUUUACGUACAUUGAAGAGAAAAAGAAAAAAGUAUUCCGCUUCAAUUAUGUUACAAAGAACGACUGUUCUGAUAGUACGUGAGCUCUUGCGGUACUGACUAAUUGCGUCAAUUCAUCGCCACUUUAAACAAAUAUCAACAAAGGUGUGUACAUUUUAACGAUCCUGAAACACGACACAACUGUCCAGUACGGCAACAGCUUACGUUCUUAGGAUAGAAAGAUUGAUUUUUGUUUUUGGCAAAGCUCAUUCCGUCCGGGGAAAAAUGUCGACCACAUUUAUUUUAGAAAAGAGAAGAGUGAUUACACCUUUGGAUUAGACACAUUACGUUAGUGUUUAUGUUUCUUCUUAGUUUUUCUCCAGAUUGACGGGGCAAUCUUUAAUAAAUUGUGUUUUUACAUAAUUUGGAUGCCUUUUUUUUGUUAGUGUUGUGUAGUUAAAAUGGCAGGAAUAUUGUACUCUUGCGUUAUGUAGCUGAAUGUAUAUUUUUAUAAUGUUUUGCUCUUCAGUUGAUAGCAAAAAGCAUUACUAAGAAUGCAGCUUUUGUCUACUACAUUUUAAACCACAUUGACUUACUUUUUUUUUGCUGUAAUGGUAUGCUUCGACACAAGUCUGUACAAACGUUUCUGCUUCACUAUGAAUUGUACUCUAUUACACAAAAUAUUAUCUGAAUACUAUUUUCCUUCAAAUAUAGUCAACUCGAAACGGCUUCCUGUGAGUGUGGUAAGGUUUUUUUUUGUUACGUUACAGCAAGUCUGAGUGUUUGUGUUUUAGCAACGUUGUUUUUCGAUAAAAUUAUCGCCCGUAGUACUAUCGUUAUCGCCAUCGAGUUAUAACUAAUUAAUCAAUGAUAGUUUACGAUAAUCCAUUGAAAAGACAUUUAGUAAAGUCAUAAUUUAUUUCAUGAUAAAUAAUCAUUUCAAAGUACUAUGUAUCACAAAAUUCCCUCAAAAACGAAUUGUAAUAAUUAUAAAUGUCGCUGUCGAAAGAGACCACAUUUUACUUUAACAAAAUUUAUUGACGUAGAACUCAGAUCUUAACUUUUUGAAUCUGUCAAAAGUAAAAUAAUAAUAAAAAUGUCGUUCUUGUGAUAUUUGCUCAGGGGUUAAUUUUAAUUAAGUAUGUGAACUUAAUGAGGCAGAUGCAAACAUUUGUAAAAAUAAAAAUAAAAUAUAAAAGUUUCAAUUGCAAGCCAAAAUUUUAACACUUCAAUGCAAAAAUUGUCGGAACGUGCAUUACCCACCCGUACAGUUGAUUUGCAAUCAUUAGUUUGAAAAAAAAAUGUGAGACAUAUCGAAACAAAAAAAAAAACUGACAAAAACUUUAAAAAAUGUGUGCAACACAGCCAUGCCAGAUAUAAAGUGAAAUCUGUAUUUUACAGAUAUACA